CCGGCUUUUUAGUGAUUAAUUUAAGCAGAAGACACCUCUUCAGCUUUUUUAAAGCAAGAAGUUCAAAAGCACUUUUAUUAAGCAAUUAAAACACUCCUUUACGCUCUUACCCCCGGAUCCGGAGCCUCUACUUUAGUUUAGAGUAAGGUAGAGUCUUUUGCUUCCUCCCGAUCGUCCGAUCGACAAUUCAACGGUUGAAGAUCUUGGGCUCCACUUUUUCGCCAAUCUCGAGGCCAUUUUGACCGUCCCCUCCCGUCAAUGGGCAUGACACCCUCCUAGUCCGGUAGAGCCGUAGAGGAUCCAAUCCCUUACCCCCACAUCUAGAAGUAUCCAAACAAAUACUACGUAUUUCAAUCGGUGGCAUUUCCUUGCAACCGCCCCUGGUUUUCUUCUUCUCCAAUUCACGCCGCCUAUAUAUAUUCAUCCAAAAUCCAUUUCCAAUGCACAGUACACAAAUUCCAGAGCGAAAACGAAUACAAAGACGGACAUAAACCGUCUCUUCCAACUGUUUCACACACAUACUAUGGAUACUAAGAUCGGAGCCGUCGAAGCUUCAUCUAAGCCUUCCAGUGGCGUGCUCGGCAGUAUUCCGACCAACGGUGCAGUUACCGUUCACGCCUCCCCCGCCCCUUUCAACUCAGCUGAGGCUACUCUAGGCCGCCAUCUCGCUCGUCGCCUCGUCCAGAUCGGCGUGAAGGACGUCUUCAGCGUCCCCGGUGACUUUAAUCUUACGCUGCUUGAUCACCUUAUUGCUGAACCCGGGCUCAACCUGAUCGGCUGCUGCAACGAGCUCAACGCCGGAUACGCCGCCGACGGCUAUGCCAGGGCGCGCGGUGUUGGAGCGUGCGUCGUCACUUUCACUGUCGGAGGACUCAGCGUUCUCAACGCCAUAGCCGGCGCGUACAGUGAGAACCUUCCGCUGAUAUGUAUUGUCGGGGGUCCCAACUCGAAUGACUACGGGACUAACAGGAUCCUCCACCAUACCAUCGGGUUGCCUGAUUUUAGUCAGGAACUCCGUUGCUUUCAAACCGUCACUUGUUAUCAGGCUGUGGUGAACAAUUUAGAGGACGCACAUGAGUUGAUCGAUACAGCAAUUUCGACGUCAUUGAAAGAGAGCAAGCCCGUUUACAUAAGCGUUAGCUGUAACUUGCCUGGAAACCCGCAUCCUACCUUUAUUCGAGAACCGGUUCCAUUCUCACUCACCCCCAAAUUGAGUAAUACAAUGGGUUUGGAGGCAGCAGUAGAGGCAGCAGCAGAGUUCUUAAACAAAGCAGUAAAGCCAGUGUUGGUUGGAGGCCCAAAAAUGCGUGUGGCAAAAGCUGGUAAUGCCUUUGUUGAGUUGGCAGAUUCUUGCGGUUAUGCAACGGCAGUUAUGCCCUCUGCUAAGGGCCUAGUUCCUGAACACCAUCCUCAUUUCAUUGGAACCUAUUGGGGAGCAGUGAGCACCUCCUUUUGUGCUGAAAUCGUUGAAUCGGCUGAUGCUUACUUGUUUGUGGGACCCAUAUUUAAUGACUAUAGUUCUGUUGGCUACUCCUUGCUUCUCAAGAAAGAGAAGGCAAUCAUUGUGCAACCUGAUCGCGUUGUCAUUGCCAACGGCCCUGCAUUUGGCUGUGUUCUGAUGAAGGAUUUCCUGUGUUCACUUGCCAAGAGGCUUAAACGCAACACCACAGCUUACGAGAAUUAUCACAGGAUUUUUGUUCCCGAAGGGCAUCCUCUGAGGUGUGAGCCAAAGGAGCCACUAAGGGUGAAUGUUCUUUUCCAGCACAUCCAGAAAAUGCUGUCUGGUGAAACUGCAGUAAUUGCUGAGACUGGGGACUCCUGGUUCAAUUGCCUGAAGCUUAAAUUACCUCAAGGAUGCGGGUACGAGUUCCAAAUGCAGUAUGGGUCCAUUGGUUGGUCUGUGGGUGCGACCCUUGGGUAUGCACAAGCUAUACCGGAGAAGCGGGUGAUAGCUUGCAUUGGAGAUGGUAGCUUUCAGGUGACAGCUCAGGAUGUGUCAACAAUGUUGCGUUGUGGACAGAAGACUAUAAUAUUCCUGAUAAACAAUGGUGGCUAUACCAUUGAAGUUGAGAUCCACGAUGGACCUUACAAUGUCAUCAAGAACUGGAAUUACACGGGACUCGUUGAUGCAAUCCACAAUGGUGAGGGAAAUUGCUGGACAACCAAGGUGUUUUGUGAAGAGGAGCUGGUGGAAGCAAUAGAGACAGCGACCGGAGCAAAGAAGGAUUGCCUGUGUUUCAUUGAAGUGAUUGUACACAAGGACGAUACAAGCAAAGAGCUACUGGAAUGGGGGUCUAGGGUUUCUGCUGCUAACAGCAGGCCUCCAAACCCUCAGUAGCUGGUAAACCAAGUCAACAUUUAAAUGUUAUUUUUGAGGAGGAAAUAACAACACACUUGUGAUUAGUUCCAUGGGGUGAGGAGGAAUUGAUUUUCUAUCUUGAUGACCAGCCAGCUUAUUUGAAGUUUCCCUCUCUUCAUUUCUGAAUGUAGAAUAAUACGAAGUACCUAUCCCUUUCUCUUGGAAAUUUUUGCAGUCUUUAUCACAAUAACGUGUGGGAUAGUUUCUAUACUAUCUUCAGCAGCAACUUAGAAGUUUCCCUUUAAUGAUUGAUGAUGAAUGUAUUAUCACUGGAGUGAUGUUUAAUAUUGCUUUAAUCUGUAUAGUUCAUUUUUAGUUUCCCACCCACCAGUUGGUGUGUUUUUGCACUCAUUUUUGUUGUUGAUAUGUGCUUCUUUUCCUGCUUGGAAUUCCGAAUUAGGGCUAUAGCAAAAUAAGUACGAGCUGGCUGGAAGUUCGAGAUCUAUUUAAGAUCGUUUGUUGAUGAUUUGUAGAUGUCCCAUAAAUGAACACGUUUAAUAGUUUGUUCACGCUGGUA